UCAACGCGCCUCUUCUCCACCUCCCACAACCACUAACUAUGGCCACCGCGGCGCCUAAAUUCACCACCACCAAAGUCUCCUCCGCCGCCCCCAAAUUGUCCCUCCUCCGCCGCAAUCCACCACCUCGUUGCCAAUUUCCGGCGGCGCUGCUCACAAAGCCCUCUCUCUCGUGCUCCCCUAGCAGAAUUAGGGCAAUCAAAUGCCAGGCCACCGAGGUCUCUCCGCCGUCGCCGCUCGCGGCGGAGGACGGGAAGAAUUGGGUGCCCGUGGUGCCCCUGGCGGCGCUGCCGAAGGGAGAGCGGCGCGUGAUUAUACAGGAUGGGGAGACGAUUUUGCUUCUGUGGUAUAAAAAUGACGUCUUUGCUAUCGAGAACAGGUCCCCUGCUGAAGGCGCCUAUUCUGAAGGCUUGCUCAAUGCUAAGCUCACUCAGGAUGGAUGUAUAAUCUGCCCGACAACAGACAGCACGUUUAAUCUGCAAACCGGAGAGAUCAAAGAGUGGUAUCCUAAGAAUCCGGUUCUUCGGGCCCUCACUCCACCUCUGAGGGGGCUCUUUAUCUACCCCGUCAAAACUGAUGAAAACAACAUUUACAUCGACAUGGGUGGCAGUGCCCCGUUGGAUGCAUCAACGGAGAUCGUUUUCAGUGGCAAGGCUCAGCCAGGAUUCACAUCAACAGAUGUCAAUGUUGACGAGGUCAGGAUGGUUGUAGACGAAAAUCUCGAGGGCUUUGGGUUCAAUAGGAAGAACGAGCUGAUCAACGGGAAAGCAGCCGUGAUUGGCUUCCUAGUGCUGCUAGAUUUCGAGCUUUUGACCGGUAAAGGCAUACUCAAAGGAACUGGUUUCUUGGACUUCAUCUACUCUGUUUCGAACGCUCUGCAGUGAUUCGUUCCACGAGAAAACGUUACAGAUGAAAUCCCCGAGUCCACAAUCUGUGUUCGACUCCAGUCGACUACCGAGGUAGAAAUUUUAAGUAAUGGUUAUGAUCAUAUGAAUGAUGAGACUUGCUUUUCUAGUUUGCUUAAAGUUUCUACUUAUGUAUGAGGUGUGCCAUAGUUGAAUAUGGAUUAUUGACUAGAGGAUUUAGGACUGAGAUUUACUGAUGGUAUAUAAAUAUUUACUUCCUUUUAUUGCAUUGUAGUACCUUGUAAAUCGAAACACAUUUUUAUAUAUUGAAAGUAUAUAUUGACAUAA